GUGUGGGCAUUGAAACAGGUCGAGUAUAAAUGCUUGGUAGGAUUUCGGAACCUGGGCAGAGAGAGAGAGAGAAAUAGAAAUGGGGAGGAGCGGAAUCCUCGAGGUCCAGCUUGUCGACGCACGAGGCUUGGGAAACACCGAUCUCUUUGCUAAGAUGGAUCCGUACGUAGUGAUUCGAUACAAAAGCGAAGAGCGCAAGAGCAGUGUCGCCAGAGGUGCAGGCGGAGAUCCAAAAUGGAAUGAGAGAUUUACAUUCAGGGUGCAGUUCCCAGGUGCAGAUGAUGAGUACAAGCUCAUACUCAGGAUCAUGGACAAAGACACUUUCUCUGCCGAUGAUUUUGUUGGUGAAGCCACGAUUUAUUUGAAAGAUGUGCUAGCAUUAGGGAUGGAAAAUGGGAUCGCCGAGAUUCGUCCUUGCAAGCAUAGGGUCUUGCUGGCCGACCGAACAUACUGUGGAGAGAUUCAAGUCGGCCUCACUUUCACCCCAAAGAGGGAAGAAGCAGGAGAACGAGACUACGGAGGAUGGAAACACAGCUCUUUUGAGUGACUCACUGUUUCACACAUGUGGCGAACACGGGAUCCGAACCGAUCAUCAAGUGGACCCUACAUCGGUUGGGCUAUAUCUCAAAAAUUCAAACAAAGGCUAUAUCCCUUGUUUGACCUCUUCGGAAGCAUCCGUUCUCUUUCCCCGAUCAGCGUGAUUUUUGGGACAUGGCCCAUCGAAGCCAGAUCCUAUAUGAUGAAUGGUUUGGAUCUUGUACAUAUUUGUUACGUGUUCAAAAAACCAGGCAGUUGUAGGUUAGCCCACUUUUUAUAUUGCACGGACAAUGUGUGUGGUGGAUUUGAAUG